AUGUCCUCCUCAACAGCACCACGGCUUCGCGCCCUCUACCGCUCGUUCCUGCGCGAGCUACCGCCCCGACCGAUCCUCUCUAAAACGCCAUCGCCGCUCCACCAGCGUCUCCGCGAGCACUUCCGCCCCGAAAAAGCCCCAGAACAGGCCGUCGCGCAAGCAGAGCAGUACCUCGCAUACAUCCGCGCACAGAGGACGUACGUCACACUGCUGGAGAGGUACAACCCCGGCAUGGGAAUGGACGAGGAGGAGCGAGUGCGGUUGACCGCGAAGAGGGUGGGCAUGAACCUGCCCGUCGAGUUCGGGAAAGAGAAAUGA